ACUGUCAAGAUUUCCGAAAUGGCUCCUUUCCUUCGUAUUGGCUUCUCCAACUUUGACAUCGGUCCGUGCCCGCAAGCCGAGGAUGUUCAGAACCCUUACUGCGCUGUCAUUGUGAAAGAGCCAGUGGACACAGAGAAAGGGCAGAUCUUCAUGCAGAAAAAGCCCACAAUGUACCCUCCUUGGAACAGCACCUUUGAUGCACACAUCAACAAAGGCCGAGUCAUGCACAUCCUCAUCAAGGGCAAAAGUGUGGAGCUGAUCUCCGAAACCACAGUGGAGCUGAAUUCCCUGGCAGAGAAAUGUAAACGCAAUCAAGGAAAAGCAGACAUCUGGUGCAUUGGCGUUGGCAAACAGAGCCAAGAAAAACUGAACAAGCUCACAUAA